AUGCAUAUCAGAAAUCCUUACCGUACACCAAUUGACUAUCAAGCACUUUCAGAGGCCUUCCCUCCCCUCAAGCCAUUUGUGUCUGUCAAUGCAGAUGGUACCAGUUCUGUUGACCUCACUAUCCCAGAAGCCCAGAGGGCGUUCACGGCUGCUCUUCUUCAUCGUGACUUCGGGCUCACCAUGACCAUACCAGAAGACCGUCUGUGCCCAACAGUCCCCAAUAGAUUGAACUACGUUCUGUGGAUUGAAGAUAUUUUCAACUACACGAACAAAACCCUCGGCCUGUCGGAUGACCGUCCUAUUAGAGGCGUUGAUAUUGGUACAGGAGCCUCCGCAAUUUAUCCUAUGCUUGCCUGUGCUCGGUUCAAGGCAUGGUCUAUGGUUGGAACAGAGGUCGAGAGGAAGUGCAUUGACACGGCCCGCCUCAACGUCGUCGCGAACAAUCUCCAAGACCGUCUCUCGAUAUUAGAGACAUCCAUUGAUGGUCCUAUUCUCGUCCCCAUUUUCGAGGCGACUGAAGAAUACGAAUACGAGUUUACAAUGUGUAACCCUCCAUUCUACGACGGUGCUGCCGAUAUGCAGACUUCGGAUGCUGCCAAAGGAUUUGGAUUUGGCGUGGGCGCUCCCCAUUCUGGAACAGUCAUCGAAAUGUCGACUGAGGGAGGUGAAUCGGCUUUCGUCGCUCAGAUGGUCCGUGAGAGCUUGAAGCUUCGAACACGAUGCAGAUGGUACACGAGUAACUUGGGAAAGCUGAAAUCCUUGAAAGAAAUAGUGGGGCUGCUGAAAGAACUUGAGAUAAGCAACUAUGCCAUUAACGAAUACGUUCAGGGGUCCACACGUCGUUAUGCCGUUGCGUGGUCUUUCACUGAUAUUCAACUGCCUGAGGAGCUUUCUCGUCCCUCUAACCCCGAGCUCAGCUCUCUUUUCUAG